UGUCUUUGACAUGACUGUAUACAUUUUACUGUUGUUUGUUUGUCUGGAACAGGUCCCUCCGGUACAUGACACACUGAGGCUCAAUGGGACUCAGUUAAGCUAACCGCAUUAGCUGCAUGUGUUUGGACUGUGGGAGGAGCCUGGUGUACCUGGAGAGAACAUAAACUCCACCCAGAAAGCCAAGAUGAUGGACUCAAACCCACGACCAACAGUACUAACCACCGCGGUUAAACCACGUGGUUAGUACCUGCUGUUGGCUGACUUGUGACUGGACGAUAAUCAGUGAUCAGCUUUGGUUUUCAGGUAUUCUUCAGAGCGCCCCAGUCUGUUCUUCAUUGUGCUGAAGACCGCUGGGCGGCGGGACCCGCCUCCUCGCUCCUGUUGCAUUGGCUGCUCAUUGUUGUACUAAUAAUAAAGGAGACUUCCCCUGCGGUGCCAUCGGAGACAGAAAACAUCACGCAGCCAUGACUGAUGGAAGUGUGACGAGUGUCCUGCCUUCUGCUCUAUUAAUAAUUUACGUCGAGUUGAAUUAGAGCAGCUGGAAUAAUUCAAACCUCUGUGUUUUUGUUGGUUUCCUCUCUUUGAUUGCUCGGUUCUCUCUCGUUGCUCACCUUCAUAUUUCCUCUUCACCUUUCCCCUUUAUUUGCAUGAGCCCAUUAUCUUAUAAUUAAUAAAUGCAAUUAGACUUGUGAACCUUUCAGCAGACACACUCGCAGCAGAUAAUGAAAUGUGCUGCUGCUGCUGCUGCUGCUGCUGCUGCUGCGCGGCGAAUAAAUGUCGAUGAUGAUCGGAUCUGCACACAGAGGAUGGAGCCUAACCUGCCAUGGUGCGAGACGCUCUUCCUGUAGAUGUUCCUGCGAUGGUUCAGCUGAAGGACGAGGCUUUGCCCUAAGCUCUGAUUCAAAGCCUCGGCCAGAAGGACUGCUGAGGUCUGAGAGAUACACUGGAGUCAUGGGAAUUGCAAGAAUGCCACCUUGUCUGUGUCACCACGGAUAACGCCACUAACAACAUCUCUGCAAUGGAACUGAAUCAGUGGGAACGGCUACAAUGCUUUGGUCACCGCCUACAGCUAGCUAUUGAGAAUGCUCUAAAAGCUCUUACACCAGUAUCUACAAAACAGGCUGUGGAACGAGCAGUUGGAGUGUGUAAAAAGGUGGCGAGUGCCUUCUCCAAGUCAUGGAAGAAAAAACGUGAAUUGGCCAAGGCGCAAGCGGUGCUGGGCUUGCCUCCUCAUCAGCUCAUCACUGAAAGUCCUACAAGAUGGGGCUCGCGGCAGAUGAUGAUAGAGAGGUUCCUGGAGCAGGAGAAUGCUCUUUCACAGGUUGCAGACAAGAAGACAAGACAUCUGGUGCCAAGCUGGCAAGACGUGGCAUUGCUAGAGUCCUUGAACAAGGCACUGGGUCCACUGUUCGAGUUUACUGACGCUUUGUCAGGGGAGGGCUACGUCAGCGUAUCUUUUCUGAAGCCAGUUCUGCACCUCUUCAACAACGAAAUCCUCAAUCAGAAGGAUGGAGAGACAGAGCUCACAAAAGCAGUCAAAGACGGUAUCCUCAAGUACCUCAAUGAAAAGUAUGAUGACUAGCUUGGAUAAAUCAUCUCUCUCUCGCCUUCAGGCAAUACAAAACGCAGCAGCCAGACUAUUAACUCGUUCUACCAAACGUGUUCACAUCACUCCCAUCUUAUAUUCUUUACAUUGGCUCCCAAUAGAGUUUAGAAUUCGCUUUAAAAUUCUUGUUUUAACAUAUAGAGCACUAAAUGGCCAGGCCCCAGAUUAUCUAUCCAAGCUUCUUAUAAAAUACACUGCUGCUCGUCAUCUCCGCUCACAGACUCAAAGUCUCUUAGUUGUUCCCCGUACACGACUGAAGACAAAAGGGGACAGAGCCUUUCAGUCUGUUGCACCAAGGCUGUGGAACAGUUUACCACUACAGUUACGUUUGCUUGACUCUGUGGAUUGUUUUAAAAAACAGUUAAAAACUUUUCUGUUUAAACAAGCCUUUUGUUGAUCUCUUCAUAUUUUAUAUUUUUUACAUUAUUUACAUUUGAUCUUUUAUAUUGUGUACAUUGUCUAUCGAUUUUAUUGUUUAUUUUAAUAUUUAUGUACAGCGCUUUGUGAUUGUCUAUCUGCGAAAAGCGCUUAAUAAAUAAAGUUUACUUACUACUUACUUACUUACCAUGCCACCAACAACCUCCUAGACAUGGCAACACUUCUUGACCCACAGUUUAGGACAGCCUACAUCAAGGAAGAGAGGGUGGAGUUCAUAAAGAUGAGAGCUGCAGCAGAGCUGGUGGACAUGGUGGGAGCAACAGCACCAGAAAGUGCACAAACAGCAGCAGCCUCCAGUUCACCCCCAGCUGCUGAAGAUGAUCCAGAGCUUCCCCGUCCCACAAAGAAAAAAAAAAGUUUAGGUAGCUAUUUCAAAAAGGCAGGUCAAUCCACCACCCACUCCCAACCCAGCAGAGCAUCCAUUGAACUGGAGCUCUCCAUGUAUCUUCAGAUACCUGGGCCUGACUCAGAGACUGACCCACUGUGGAAGCAGCAUGAGACAAACUUUCCAUUGGUGGCCAGGCUGGCCAGAAAGUACUUGUGCAUUCCUGCUACUAGUUCUUCAUCUGAAAGGGCUUUCAGUGCGAGUGGGAACAUCAUCACAUGUAAGAGGUCAGGUCUUAAGCCAAACACAGUUGACCAACUAGUCUUCCUUGCACUCAACCUGUAAAUUCAACAGUAACAUAUCUACUUCUGCAAAGUAGCCAUUUUCUGUUUUCACUUUAAUUUAUGGUUAAUGCCUUAAACAGAGUUCUGUUCAACCCUGAUGCUUAAUUUUGUCACUUUAUAUUGGUUUGCAAACUUUGCAGUACAAGGUCACAGAUUUCAGAAAGUUAAGAAAUAAUUUGUUUAUUUUUUAUAGCUGAACUUUUGUGCAAAUCUGAGUUUUCUUCUCAGAAACUUGAAACUGUUGUGCACUUUAAGUUUAUUUUGACAAUUCAUUUUAAAUGUACGUUUUGGAAAAAAAAUGUGAAGGCCACAGCUGUUUUCAUUUGAUACAUUUAUAUUAAAAUGUAUGUUUCUCAAUUGUGACAGUUCCGUUAAAAGUCUCUUCAA